GCGCGGGAUGGCCUCCUCCUGCCCCGCAAUGCGAACGAGGAGAAUGCCAAUGCUAGGCAGCAGGGCCUUGCUAUCAACGCUGUGUUCGCUGCGGGCUGUGUCGGGCCCGUCCAGCUCGUUCCUCGUGGUAACAUCACGGUUAACGCUACGUGCUUCCCGAGCUGCUCGUGCGACAGGACCGAGCCGCUGCUUGGCCCGUUCCGCUUCUUCGACCCCCGCGCCCGCUCCCGCUCCCGCUUCCGCUUCCGCACCCGCCUCCCCAUCGCCCUCCGCUCCCGCAUCCGUUGUCGCCAGUCGAGUCCCCGCCAGGAUGGCUUCUCCCCCCAAGUCCGCGUUUGAGUUUCUCGACUUCGUCAAUGCCUCGCCAACCCCAUACCACGCCGUCGCCUCGGCGGCCGCCCUCCUUGACGCUGCCGGCUUCACCAAGAUACAGGAGCGCGACAACUGGGCGUCGACGGUCAAGCCCGGCGGCAAGUACUACACGACGCGCAAUGGCUCCUCGGUCGUGGCAUUUGCAGUGGGCGCGCAGUGGAAGCCCGGCAACCCCAUCGGCAUGGUGGGCGCCCACACCGACUCGCCCUGUCUGCGCGUGAAGCCCGUCAGCAAGCGCACCGCCAACGGCUACCUCCAGGUCGGCGUGGAGACGUACGGCGGCGGCAUCUGGCACAGCUGGUUCGACCGGGACCUGAGCGUCGCCGGCCGCGUCCUAGUGCGCGAGGGCGAGGGAAGCUUCGUGCAGAAGCUGGUCAAGGUGGACAAGCCGAUCCUGAGGAUCCCCACCCUGGCCGUCCACCUGCACCGGCAGAGCAACUUCGACCCCAACAAGGAGGACGAGCUGCUGCCCAUCGCCGGGCUGGCCGAGGCCGAACUGAACAAGACGGCCGAGCCGGACGCCGCCGGGGAAGCGGCCGGGGGCGAGAGCGACUUCGAGCCCCUGAGAGCGCUGCCCGAGCGCCACCACCCGGCCUUCCUCUCUCUCGUCGCCCAGCAGGCCGGCGUCGACGUCUCCCGUAUUGUCGACUUCGAGCUCGUCCUGUACGACACCCAAAAGUCGUGCCUCGGCGGCCUCCGAGACGAGCUCAUCUUCUCGCCCCGGCUCGACAACCUCAACUCGACCUUCUGCAGCAUCAAGGGGCUCAUCUCCUCGGUCCGGUCGAUCCCGCUCGACCACGACGCCAGCAUCCGCCUGGUCGCCUGUUUCGACCACGAGGAGAUCGGCUCGCUCUCGGCCCACGGCGCCGACUCGAACCUGCUCCCGGCCGUCCUGCGCCGCCUCUCGGUCCUCCCGGGUGCCUCUUCCUCCUCCUCGUCCUCCUCCUCCUCCUCGCCGGAGUCGGCGUCGCAGUCGGCGUCGUCGGACGUCGCGGCCUCGACGGCGUUCGAGCAGACGCUGGCGACCUCGUUCCUCCUGUCGGCCGACAUGUCGCACGCGGUGCACCCCAACUACGCGGCCAAGUACGAGCGCAACCACACGCCGGCGCUCAACGGGGGGCCCGUGAUCAAGAUCAACGCGAACCAGCGGUACGCCACCAACUCGCCGGGCAUCGUCCUCGUCCAGGAGGUCGCCCGCCGCGCCCGCGUGCCCCUGCAGCUCUUCGUCGUCAAGAACGACUCGCCCUGCGGCAGCACCAUCGGCCCCAUGCUCUCGGCCAAGCUCGGCGUCCGCACCCUCGACCUCGGCAACCCCCAGCUGAGCAUGCACAGCAUCCGCGAGACGGGCGGCAGCGCCGACGUCGAGAGCGCCAUCCGCCUCUUUGAGAGCUUCCUGGGCCACUACGGCGAGCUGGAGCGUAAGAUCCUGGUCGAUUGAGGAAUUUUGAGCCGCUGCUGCUGUGGGGGGUUGGGGAGAGGGAGAGCGGGAAGGCAAGGCUCUCUCUUCCGGACAGGGCGAGUUGCUUUGGGUGGGUACUGAAUGUCCUUUUCUUUUCUUCCUUUUUUUCUCUCCCCUUGAAUAGAACAAAGAAAAAUUGGGGACUGUUAUGAUUAGCCAGGCAAUAAAU